ACUCUUUGGUGCAUGUUUCUUUCUUCUUAGGUCUUGACUUGCAGGUUGAUGGACCAAUGCGAAAGACCCCAAGGGUUUUGUUGACGCUAUACACAAGUGACGUCUUGCAUUUUGCUAGUGAUUCGGACAUCCGAUAUGCAACCACAACGUUGCUCACAUUAGAACCUAGAUCUAGAGAUUGACUACAAGCACUGUCUGUGCAAGGAACUGAAAACAAAUAGACAAUUUUCAACACAAGGCAAACAAGGCAAACAAGGCAAACAAGCGGCAAAGAGGUACUCACCAAAACUCACCAAAAAUGGCAUCCAAAACCCCAGCAACCAUCCUCGUCGUCGGCGCCACCGGCCAACAGGGUGGAGCAGUGAUCCGGGCUCUCCUGGAAGACCGCAGGCCAUCGACGCCGGCGCCGCGGGUGCUGGCGCUGACGCGCAACAGGCAGUCCGCCAAGGCGCAGCAGCUCGCCGGCCGACACGCGGCGGUCGAGCUCGUCCAGGGCGACAUGAGCAAGCCGGAGGAGGUUUUUUCGGCCGCGGGGGCCAGCGACAUCUCGGCCGUCUUUGUCGUCACGACGCCCAACCACGGCCGCGGGCCCGGCGAGGACGAGGUGGCGAUCCCUUUUAUCGACGCGGCGGUGGCGCACGGCGUGGGGCGCGUGGUGUUUAGCUCGGUCGACCGCGGCGGCGACGACCGGAGCUGGACCAACGAGACGGACGUGCCGCACUUUCGGCAGAAGCACCUCGUGGAGCUGCACCUGCGCGACAAGCAGCAGCAGCAGCAGCAGACGCCCGGGUUCAGCUACACCAUCGUCCGCCCCGUCGCCUUCAUGGACAACCUGAACCCGGGAAUGGCCUGCUCCGUCAUGGUGGCGGCGUGGGCGGCGGCGCUGUCGCCAGGCAGGAAGCUGCAGCUGGUCAGCGUGCGCGACGUCGGCAGGGUCGCGGCCAGGGCGCUGCUGGCCGACCUCGACGACGGCGAUCAGGGCGGCAGGUACAGGAACGCGGCGAUCGGGGUGGCGGGCGACGAGCUGUCCCUCGAUCAGGUCAAGGAGGUGUUUUCGCGCGUGACCGGCAAGACUCUGCCGCAGGCCUGGUGGCCCCUGGGUGGAGUGCUGCUGUGGGCUCUGGGUGAGCUGGGUAGCAUGUUUGGCUUUUUCGAACGCGAGGGAUACGGCGUCGAGCUUGACGAGACGGCUUCGGACGAGGCGGGACGCAUGCUUGGCUUUGAGGCUUGGCUCAAGGAGGAGAGCGGAUGGGCCAAUGCUUGAUCUGAUACUGGUGCGAGCUCGUAAUUUCUAGUUUCUAGAACUAGAAUAUACUCCAACCAAGUACCACGUAGGUAUAAUCAGCAGGGUUUGAUCCCCGAACCUGUUUGCAAACCCCCUUUUUCAUGCAAUGUCAAGCCGCGGAGCAAAAAUAAAGUCUGAUCACAGGCACCACGGAGCAGAUGUUCAUGUUUCAUAUCCUUCUGCACACAAUUCGCUUUUUGGGUUCAGCUACUGCAGA